UUUUAGGGAUGCAGUUUUGAGUGUCCAUCAACCUUAAUGGUCGAUGGAAACAUCAGAGAAGAUGUUUAACUGGGAUGAGGAGUGGAACAUCUCUUUCGCAGGCUGUGGAUUCAGGAGUAUUUACUACCUGGGAGCUUUGAGCUGUAUCCUCGAGCGGGUCCCGCAGCUGGUUCAGGGAGCUUCCAAAAUCUGUGGAGCUUCAUCUGGUUGUCUCGUGGCUGCAGCUUUGACUGUUGGGUUUCCAAUCGAACAACUCUGUGUUGAUGUUUUGACUGUGGCGAAAGAGGCCAGAAAAAACACUCUGGGAGUUUUCCAUCCGACCUUCAGUCUGCUGAGGACAGUACGGGACUCCCUGCUGGAGAAGCUUCCACAUGACGCCCACCUUCGGGCCUCUGGAAAGCUCUGUGUGUCCCUCACCAGACUUACAGAUGGGAAGAACGUGUUGGUGUCCGAGUUUGACAGCAGAGAGGAGCUCAUUCAGGUUUUGAUGUGCAGCUGCUUUUUCCCUGUUUACUGUGGUUUCAUGCCACCUUCAUAUCGUGGAGUGCACUACAUGGACGGAGCGCUGAGCAACAACAUGCCGUUGUUAGAGCAGAGAAACACCAUCACUAUGGCCCCGUUCUCAGGCGAGAGUGACAUCUGCCCCAGAGAGGGUACGUUCAACUUCGUCGAGGUGCACUACGGCAACGUCAGCAUCCAGGUCAACACCGGCAACGUGCACCGGGUCUAUACGUCCUUCCUCCCACCCAGGAUUGAGAAACUGGCUGAAAUCUGCAACAAUGGCUACGUGGAUGCUCUCCGUUUCCUGGGAGACAGAGAUCUGCUUGGAACACAGUGUCUUCCUCCCAGUUUGGUGGCGGUGACGGACACAGUGAAGCCUGCUUGUUGCGGGCUGAUGAAGGAGUCGACUCAAGCGCAAGAAUCCAGAAAGACGACGUUGAACGGACUGAACUCUCCUCAGGAAGAGCAUCGCUGGCUGGACGUGAAAGUCAUAGAGAACCUGCCAGUGAGCCUCAAGAAAGUGCUGUGUGAGGCGUGCAGGGACAGUCAUACUGGUGGCGGUCGGUGGUCUCAUCUCACUGAGUUCCUUCUGGUCAAAGUGGUUUUGUAUCUGCUGGCCCUCCUCACUCUGCCCAUUCAGCUGACCUUCUUACUCACAAAAAGCAUGAUACUAUCAGGCUGCACAGUGAUCUGCAGGCUGUCGACGCUGACCGCAGAUCUCUGCAGACAGACGUGGAGCAGUGGAGGCGAGGACACCAGCAGUGUGUCUGCAGGACAGAACUGCAGCAGCUUCUCCUCUGGUUCAGACCUCAGAAACAACAACAAAAACAUUCAAUCUUUGACCUCAACGCUCACUCCGAAUUCCCAAAACCUUCGUUUGGAUGACCUCCUCUCGCUCACCUCGACCUGUUCAAGUCCAUCCAACCUCCUCGCCACCAACACGUCAACAUCUGGCAAACUGACUUUAAACCACAGAAGUAAACAAACACAUCAUCAACCGUAAACCGAGCAGCCAAGACUGUGCAGAAUUUCAGUAUUGUUUUAUGAAUGUUAUGUAUUUUUGGCCCAAUCAAUCAGGGAUGUGUAGUAAAAUUCAUAUUUAUUAGUUAUAUUAUAACAGAUCUCACUUGUGCUUAAGAAGGAUUUUUUUAAAAUUUAGAUUUGUUUGAAUAUGGACCAUAAUCUUCAAAACCAACUGAAAUGAUGACAAAAGCGUAUGCCAGUUAGUUACCUGCUAACUGAAACAAUUUCACUGCCAAUAUCUUUUUUUUUCUUUUUUUCAAAAUAAUUUCACCUAGAAAAAGGCCCAUAACUUAGCUCUGCUGUAAUUUUACAAGUUUAUCAUUUUGUUGUUACAGAAAUAUGU